UUGAAUGUUUCAGAGACCAAACUGUUAACAAAGACGCGUGACCGGCUCGCUGGCAAUCACCGCGAUGGAGUAUUCACCUAGCGAGAGCAGAUCGACAAGCAAGCGUAAAGUAAUCGCAGUUGUUGGAGGAGGCUUGGUAGGAGCUCUGAAUGCUUGUUACUUUGCAAAAAGAGGCUUUGGAGUUGAGCUCUUUGAAUCUCGAGAAGAUAUCCGCCAAGCAAAAAUUGUGCGGGGCAGAAGCAUUAAUCUGGCUUUGUCCCACAGGGGCCGCCAGGCCCUGAAACAUGUUGGAAUGGAGGAAAAGAUCAUUUCUAAGGGAAUCCCCAUGCACGCCCGAAUGAUUCACUCUCUGAAUGGGAAGCAGUCGCCCAUACCCUACGGCAAGAAGGGCCAGUACAUUCUGUCUGUGGACAGAGCCAACCUGAACAAGGAGCUCCUAACAGCGGCCGAGGAGUACCCUAACACCAAGCUGAACUUUGGGCACAAACUGCAGGACUGGUCCAUAGAAUCAGGAGCGAUGACCUUUCUUAGGCCAGAUGGCACUAAGGAGGAGAUAAAGGCUGACCUGAUCGUGGGCUGUGACGGGGCAUUCUCUGCCAUCAGGAAGCAGUUUCUCCGCCAGAGUCGCUUUAAUUACAGCCAGACAUACAUCCCCCAUGGCUACAUGGAGCUCACCAUGCCUCCCAAAAAUGGAGACUUCGCCAUGGAACCAAACUUUCUCCAUAUCUGGCCACGGAACACCUUCAUGAUGAUCGCUCUGCCUAACCUGGAUAAGACCUUCACCUGCACCCUGUUCAUGCCUUUCGAGGAGUUUGAAAAAAUCACCACAGGAGAGCAAGUCCUGGAGUUUUUCCAGACCUGUUUUCCUGACUCAAUCCCGCUCUUGGGAGAGGAUGCUCUGAAAAGAGACUACUUCCGCCUGCCGGCCCAAGCCAUGGUGUCUGUCAAGUGCUCCCCGUACCACAUGGGGACCAAAUGUGUCAUUAUGGGGGAUGCUGCCCAUGCUGUUGUGCCCUUCUAUGGCCAGGGCAUGAAUGCGGGCUUUGAAGACUGCCUUGUUUUCAAUGAAAUAAUGGAUCAGCUCAAUGAAGACUUCAAUGCUGUGCUACCAGAGUAUACCAGAAUUCGUGUGCCAGAUGACCACGCUAUCGCUGAUCUUGCCAUGUACAACUAUAUUGAGAUGCGGGCACAUGUCAAUUCUAAAUGGUUCAUCUUCCGAAAAUACCUGGACAACAUCCUUCACUUUCUCAUGCCAGCCAAGGUCAUACCACUGUACACAAUGGUUACAUUUACCAGGACUAGGUACCAUGAAGCAGUACAACGUUGGCAGUGGCAGAAUAAGGUGAUCAACCGGAGCCUGUUUCUGUGUGGCACAAUCUCUGUGGUUGGGGGCACCUUCCUGCUGAUCCGACACCUCCCACAGAACCACACUCUCCUCGUGGACCAACUGUGGGCCCGGGUUCAGGUUCUCAAGCAGUUCUGAUUCAGUCCCAUCUCAUACAAUAUGGUCAGAAUCAGGCAUGAGAGUAUAGUUCUCCGAGCUUCACCCAGCUGCAGUGUGAAAAGAGGUGCUCUCUCUACCAGGUUCCUAAUUAGUAGUUGGCAAAUUAGUUGAAAUUUGAUUUGUCUGGAGCCCAAGGUCUGGGUCAUGUAACAGUCACAUUGAUACAUUGCCCUCCCUGAUCAGUAUCGCAAUAAUUAGCCGAUACAGAUAAUUAAUGACUGAUAGAUGAUUUCAGCCAAGGUCAGAGUCAUCAGCCUUGACCAGGGAAAGAUUUUCACUGUUAUGCUGUUUCACUGUAGAGGUAUUCAGUGCUGUGACUGGGAAAAGGGGAUGUUGCCCUCAUGGUCAAAUCUAAACUAAACAAUGAGUUUAAGUAGGCUGUGGGUGGAGAAUAUGGCUAUGUCUGCUGGACUUUGCUAACUCAGCUAAGUGCUUGCAGCCAGAAAACAAGUGUUAAGUUUUGAGUACAGCAACAAUUUGAAGGUGUCUUUGGCAUAGUUCCAAUGCCAACAAUAUAACCACUGAUAAAUAAUCAAAUCAUCAAAUGCAUUUUGAGACAAUGAGGAUAUCUUUUUGGCUGUGUACUGUUUGUAUUACUCCCAACUUGCAUCCAUCUUUUGAGGUUGUUGAGGUUGUUCAAUAUCAUGAAGGACAUUUCCUGUGUGCAUCAAACAUGCAGGAGGGCAGGGCAUCAUUUCGGACAGUGAUGGAGAUGCUGAAUCCAAAUUGGAUUUAU